GAUUUGCAAUUCGUGGCGACCUCGUGAGACUCAAGUUUUUAAUCUCGAGUUGCCUUCCGCGUUAAAAGAAGAUAAAGCGGUACUUUAAUCUCGAGAUAACGACAAUUUUACGGCGCAAAAAUGUGAUGGAAAACGUGAAGGAGUAAUAAUGUGAAUGUGAGAAAGCGUAAAUAAACUCGCGGCGGAGUUUUAUUGAAAUCGAGAAGGCUGUCCGGGGAAAAGAGUCUUGUGUUCCGGAAGGGAGUACGAAGCUGAAUGUCGUUAUCAUGGUUUUCUUCGGAAGAAAAGAGAAGGUGGAGGAUCGGCGAUUGUUGGCGAGCAUGGACGCCAUGAACGGCACGAUUAUCCAUCAAAUCGACAACGCCGCGUUCAUGCACGUGCGCGACAACAUCGAGGAGCUGGGCAAAGUCGCCGACGACACGGAUCUGCUGUUCCUGAAGGGCCUCCUCGACAGCCCGGUCGUCACGUCUCUCGUAAAGGUGCAGGAGCGUCUCGAAGACCCGCCGGUGCCCGUGGAGCCGAUAUGCUCGUCCGUCUGUGACAUCGUCGACGAGGUGUGCCACGCAUUCCGAGCCUCCAGGAACCCGCACGCCAGGGAGUUGGUGAAUCUUCUCGGCAACGCUUAUCUGAGAGCACUCCUCGAGACGCACGACGCGAUCGUGGAACGCAGGGAAACGCCUUCCACAUCGGCCGAUCCGCUCGUGUUGACGAUGCCGACGAACAAGAGGGAGGAGAUGCCUAUCAGGGUGGUCGGCCUUCGGAGGCAACCGGACGAACCCCUGGGUCUGACAGUGCAGGUAGAUGAAUCUGGCAAUAUGAUCAUCGCCAGGAUCCUCGGUGGCAGCACGGCGGCUCGUCAAGAGCUUUUGAAAACGGGCGAGGUGAUACUCGAGGUCAACGGCAAGAGAGUUCGAAAUCCCGAGGAACUUCAACAGGCGAUCCAGGACGCCAAGGAGAAUCUAUCCUUGAAAGUGGCUCCAGGUAUCGCUUCGGACGCGAAUCGACCUCUCAAGUCCACGUGUUACAUGAGGGCUCUCUUCGACUACGAUCCCUCGGACGACACGCUUCUGCCCUGCCGGGAGAUCGGUCUGCCUUUCCAGAAGGGCGACAUCCUCCAGAUCGUCGACCAGGCGGAUCCGAACUGGUGGCAGGCGCGAAGAGUGGAGGGUGAGGGUCUCGGAUCGCCCGGGCUGAUACCCUCGCUGGAGUUAGAAGAGCGCAGAAAGGCGUUCGUGCCGCCCGAGGCCGAUUUUGUUCACAAGAUCAGCAUCUGCGGCACCAGAAUAUCCAAGAAGAAGAAGAGAAAGAUGUACCAGUCCAAGUCGAACGGCGAGUUUGACAGUGCCGAGUUGCUUCUCUACGAGGAGGUCGCUCGGAUGCCGCCGUUUCGACGCAAGACCUUGGCUCUGGUCGGUCCACGCGGCGUAGGUCGACGAACCCUGAAAAACAGGCUAAUCAACAGUGAUCCCGAAAAGUUCGGCACUAUCGUACCCUACACCUCGAGACCGCCUAGAGUCCUCGAAGAGGACGGCAAGAGUUACUGGUUCACCGAUCGCGAGUCCAUGGAGACCGACAUUAGGGAACACAGGUUCCUGGAGCACGGUGAACACGGCGGGCAUUUGUACGGCACGAAACUGGACUCGGUGCGGGAACUGAUAAGGGCCGGCAAGAUGUGCGUGCUGGACUGCAGUCCGGCCGCGCUCAAAAUUCUCCAUAACAGCACGGAGUUUAUGCCUUACGUCAUAUUUAUCGCCGCGCCUGGGAUGGAGCAGCUGAAGUCUUUGUACGAUCUCGGGAGAUCAACCGGUGCCAGCAAUCGAAAUCUAACGUUCGACCGUCAGAGUUCCAUCAGGUACAGCUCGAGAAGAGCCAGGACACUGGAGUCCCUCGCAUCUUUAUACGAGGAGGACGAUUUGAAAUCCACGUUGGAGGAAUCCGCGGCUCUGCAGAGAGCCUACGAGAAGUACAUCGACCAGGUGAUCGUGAACGAGGACUUCGACAAUACGUUCAGGCAGGUGAUCGCAGCUUUGGAUGCCUUAGCCACGGAGCAUCAGUGGGUGCCGGUCAAUUGGAUCUACUAAUUGAUUCCUGAGCGCAGCUAACGAUAUCGGAGGACUCGAUAAUCAAAAGUCAGGCGCUGCAGAAGUUGUACGCGCGAAUAAGAGAAAGAUUUUUUAUUACUGCCUACGUCACGUACGAAAAACUGCGAGAUUACGUUGCGGGAAGUGGUAUUCAGAAUCAGACUCCGUUUGCCGCGCGGUUAAGAAAGCGCGAGGCACGUGUAAUCAGAGUACAAAGAAUGCUACGAAUAUCUCACGCCGCGUGAAGCGAUGUCGAACGUUGUCGCGUGAAAGGCGCGAUCGAGAAUCUCAUUAUGAUACCGUUUAUGAUUAAAUACACCGUUUACGUUAGUUUGUUAUAGAUUUACAAACGACCCGUUCUGCGUACUAAAUCUCAUCGAACUUUAUUUCGCAUAUAUUUUACUAUAUAUAUAAUAUAUAUAUCAAAAUUAUACAAAAAACCGCGAAUUUUCAAUCAUUUAUUUUUGACGAAUCGACAUAGCGGUAACGAUAUCAGAGAGUUAUAUUAAAAAACCGAAAGAGACGCUUUUUUACAACGAAGAAAGUCAUAUCGCAUGUCUUACUGCCAAUCUCAACAACGACUGUAGUAGCAACGGGUCGAUUGAUGUGUUAGACCGCUGUCCAGUUAAUUUUAGCGUACUUUUAAUUUAGUUAACGAUAAUUAAUUAAUUUAGUUAACCGCGUACGCACGUACGAUCAUUUAGCUAUUUGAGUCCACCAUACACCUUCCCCGUGAAUUCUGUUUCGUGUCUCAUUUUGCUGUUCGUACAACGCUAAGUAAUAUUCCUGGCAUAGAGUGCCUUAAUAACGCAAAGCCUACAAAUUGAUGCGAAGACCUUAUGUCGACAGACUCGCCUUGCAUUCGGGUUUUAUGGAGAACAAGACUAUAAUAAUGCCUUUUCUGACGUCCGACAGACAGUCGCGUGCACACAUACACAUCCAUACGUAUUCGAAUUUUUCACCUUAACAUACCUCUUCCGAAAAAAAAGAUACAUCCGAAAGGGUCGCUUUGUACAGAUACGUAACGACUACGAACAUACAUCUGUAUGUUAAAUCGAGACACCUGUCCCGAAAAGCAACGUGACGCACGAUGUGGAAUAAAGUUUAUCGAGCAUUUGUUGCGAAUUAUAAAUUGUACAACGAAUAGAUUAUUAUUUCAGCAUUCCUCUGUCCUCGCCUCUUUUUCAGCGCUCCACAAAAGAACGUUCGUCGAACCAUGUUACUAACGAUAACUCUAAGGAUUUAAUAUAUUUUUUAUCUUCAUCUUAUACGCUCUUUGUUCUUUUUUAAUACGAACGACGCCAUAUCUGUAGAUUUUCCGCAUACAUGUAAAAAUUAAAAUAAAAGUCUCAGGGGAA